ACAAGUCUCCGAGAAGUCUUCCAGAAGCCGACGAGUCUUCCAGAAGCCGACAGGGCUUCACAUGUGCUUGACUCGCCACACCAGUACUUCUCCUCAUAACCUCAGUGGUUAAGGUCUCCAGCCAAGUGGCUUACGUUAGCCAUCCGUGCGUUCUGCCGCACACCCACUCUCAACAGCAACGCCAUCGGUGAGCGCAGAUGGACGUCCUGCCCCUGAGCAUGUCACCCGGCGAACGCGGCUCGCCUUGCAAUGGGGAUGGCGAAGUGCGCGAAGCACGACCGCGAGCAUGUGCUCGCGAUCACAUAUCGUUCGUUAAAUGUUUGGAGUCGCAGUCUGCAACACGUCUUGUCGAGGACACCUAGCUCUAGAGCGAACCAUGGCUCGGAUCUGCCCUGGGUCUGUCCUUUUGGCCCAUCCGUUCACGAGGUUGAAACGUGGACCACUGUUUAUCUCAACCUCGACCGCUUGAAUGCUGCAUGCGGCUGGGAGAUGACGCUAGUAUCGUCCAUCUAUCCGCUACUCCAUGCGGCUCAUUGGCGCCAGGAUUGUCAAUGGAAGGCCCGAUCGCCGCCCCAGGACGAUCCAAUAGGUUCCGGGGCAUGCCGCAAAGUGGCGGCGAGAGAAUUUCGAUUUGUUCCACGCAGGGCACGGCAAAUUUUUUCCAGGGUUACUGUCUUCCAUUUCAGCUUGGCGAGGUUUGUCGGCAUCACCCUGUGAGCCUUUCGAUUCAGCUUGCAACAAGUACCCCAGGAAUUGCUAUCAGCGAAUUCUCUCCCGCGACUACAGAGACGCCAGCAUCUCUAGUGUCCACCGAAAGUUUACCAGCUCCAGGGCCCUUGUCCGUCUUCCACGAUUAACUUUGCGGGUCCCGGCACCUCGUCUCGUCCCUGUGAUUCCAACUUUCCUCUAUCUCUACAGCAAUCAUCAGCCUUGUUUCACGGCGGCCUGCUAUCGAGCCAGAUUUAACGAACGACGGGUCUCUCGAUGGACUGUCACUUGUCGUGAUCACCUUCAUUCAUUGUCCCUUUGCAAAGCCUCGGCUCGUAAGCCGCGACAUCGUGCAUGAUGUCAAUACUUCAGCCAGAGGCAUGUCCACCAGC